UGACUGGCUUACACACACACACACACACACACACACGGUCGACAUGGCGACCAACAGAAUAACCCAGUAUUUUUUAUUAAAGGGAAGAUGAAGGCGUCUGGACUCAUGAAACAUAAGUUUCAGGUCCUGCACUCUGUGAUGAGCCACCAGGACGCGUGGACAUUGUUAUUUACAAACUCUUUCUGAUUCCAGUGGAAUCUUUUGCUUAUUUUGUUUUUGUUUAAUGAAACGAACACGGUCAAACCUUGGCUCGUACAUGUAGACCGUCCGGCGACGAUGCCCGUCCAAGCGCCGCAAUGGACCGAGUUCCUGCUGUGUCCCAUCUGCACGCAGACGUUCGAGGAGACGGUGCGGCGGCCCAUCAGCCUCGGCUGCGGCCACACCGUCUGCAAGAUGUGCCUGAACAAGCUGCACCGCAAGGCCUGCCCCUUCGACCAGACGGCCAUCAACACUGACAUCGAGCAGCUGCCUGUCAACUCGGCCCUGCUGCAGCUCGUCGGGGCUCAGGUGCCGAAACCACAGCCUGUGGCACUCAUUACAAGUCCGGAAGACGCCCAGCAUUACGAUGAGGCACGGCAGUGUGUGGAAGAGCUCGCCCUCUACCUCAAACCUCUCAGCAGUGCAAGAGGUGUGGGGUUGAGCAACGCAGCACAGAGCAUGCUCAGCAGACCCAUGCAGAGGAAGCUGGUAACCCUGGUGCACUGCCAGCUGGUGGAGGAAGAGGGCCGGGUACGUGCCAUGCGUGCUGCUCGCUCGCUGGGAGAGCGCACAGUCACAGAGCUCAUCCUGCAGCACCAAAACCCCCAGCAGCUCUCCUCCAACUUGUGGGCCGCCGUCCGUGCCAGGGGCUGCCAGUUUCUCGGACCAGCCAUGCAGGAGGAGGCCUUGAAGCUGGUGCUGCUGGCUCUGGAGGACGGAUCUGCUCUGUCCAGGAAGGUCCUGGUGCUGUUUGUGGUGCAGCGUCUGGAGCCCAGAUUCCCGCAGGCCUCCAAAACCAGCAUUGGGCAUGUGGUUCAGCUGCUUUACCGUGCCUCCUGCUUUAAAGUGACCAAGCGAGACGAGGACUCGUCCCUGAUGCAGCUGAAGGAGGAGUUUCGAACAUACGAGGCUCUGCGGAGGGAGCACGACUCUCAGAUCGUCCAGAUCGCCAUGGAGGGAGGUCUGCGCAUCGCCCCUGACCAGUGGUCCUCUCUGCUUUAUGGGGACCAGUCGCACAAGUCCCACAUGCAGUCCAUCAUCGACAAGUUGCAGACGCCUGCGUCAUUUGCGCAGAGUGUACAGGAGCUGACGAUAGCGCUACAGAGAACGGGCGACCCUGCCAACCUGAACCGGCUCAGACCUCAUUUAGAGCUGCUGGCUAACAUCGACCCCAGUCCAGAUGCUCCCCCUCCAACAUGGGAGCAGCUGGAGAAGGGCCUGGUCGCAGUGAAAACUGUGGUGCACGGCCUGGUGGACUUUAUCCAGAACCACAGCAAGAAGGGCACGGAACAGCAACAGCCGCUGCAGCACAGCAAGUACAAAACCUACAUGUGCCGUGAUAUGAAGCAGAAAGGGGGCUGCCCCCGGGGUGCCAGCUGCACCUUUGCCCACUCACAGGAAGAGCUUGAGAAGUACCGUAAGAUGAACAAGCGCUUGGCUCCAAGACUUCCAUGUGGUCCCUCCUUGCUGCCUGAUGAAGGUGUUCCUCUUGAGGGUAUGACCCGUAAACCAUCACCCCUUACCAACGGCAUCGUGGCACCAUGUCCGCCGCCAGCGCCCCAGCUUUUAGCACGUGGACACGAAUCUUCAGCCUACGAGCUCAUGCGCAAGCCCAAAAUGGACAGCCUGAGCGCUCCUGGAUCUCCCCCUGAUUCUUUGGAUAAGACUGGCCUGCCCCUGCCCCCCCACAUAGUUGCCCAUCCGAGGGCCGAGCACCUGCCCGUGCCCAAACAGAUUCCUGGCGUGCCCCGUGGUGCUCCGCCGCUCUACCCACAACAGCAGCCUGAGCUCUUCUACCCUGAGGCCAGAGCGCCAUCAGGAGCACAGUAUGAUGGGCAGUACUCUGCUGGUACCCCCUACCCCUACCAGCCAACUCAGUAUGUGUCACCACGCUAUAUCCGUAACCCUCUGCCGACGGGUGAUGCUGCCUACCAGGAACCGUACCCUGCUUAUGGCCCAGAGCGCCAGUACCCACCUCCCCAUCACUCGGGCACAACUUUCUCAGGCGUCAGUGCCCACCCAUACCCACCCCCCUCUCACUAUGAUGCCCGCCGACAUGGCCCGUACGCAGCGCCGCCGCCGCCGCCACCCCCUCAGCCCUUCGGCCCACCCCGAGAUGAGCUGGUGCGCAUGAGCCCUGUGUCAUUGGAUGUUCCGCCCACUCCAGGGGCACCCACCUCCCUUUACCAUCCCGAGGCAGCAUCCCGAGACAGAUAUCCCCCAGAAGGGUACUACCCCCCUGCACCCCAUCCCGGGCAAAUCAGGUCUCAUAGCAGGGACCCGUAUGGCCGCUCUCAGCCCAGCCUUGACUACCUGCAUCGCAGGCGUAAGGAGCUGCUGAACCAGCUGGAGGAGAGAAAAGUCAUUUCUCCUCCACCAUUCGCUGCCUCCCCAACUCUGCCCUCUCACACCUUCCCCAACGACUACCCUCAGGAGGCACAGUACAUAGAGGACGGCUCCAAAGCUUUUGGCAGCCGAGAACCCGACUACGCCGGACAGUACUCCCCGUGGUCAUGUGACACCAUCAGCUCGUACAUCAGCUCCAAAGAUCCCAAACCGAAAGACGGCAUCACCGCCGGACCAGUGGAAAUGAUGAACAUGGAGGGAAAGGGUCUGAGGGAGCCGCCUCUGGACGGACAGCGGCGCUCAGCAGAAGCCAAAGACGACGAUCCAAUCAUUCCCUUCGGCCCUCUGCCCACCGUGUCACCGUUUGGCGCCAUUUCCCGCACGUCAAAAACGGGGUACCAGACAACAGGUCCGGUGCAGGCCAUGGCGUCCUCGCAGGCCUCUGGCUCCAAACACAUCACCAUGGCAGCCGAGUACUCGUACGGAAACCAUGGUGGUGGUUGGGGCAGUGUGUCUUACCCUCAGCACCAGAGUAUCACUUCUCCAGGCCACUUCAGUGAGCGGCUGCCUGCGUCCACCCCCGAUCGAGAGCAGCUGAAGAUGGAGCUUCAGAAAGUCAACCAGCAGAUCAGUCAGCAGACGCAGAUCCGCAGCAUGGAGGCUGCGAGUAACUCCAUGUUGCUGCAGAGAGAGGCCAGCGCUCUGAAUGCUCAACCUCCAGCUGUUAAUUGGCCUGUGGGGGGCGCCGUGUCCAGCGAGCAGCUCAGCCUCGAGCUUCACCACGUCGAGAGGGAAAUUGGGAAGAGGACACGUGAGAUUGCUCUGGAGAACCAGGCAGCACAGGAAGUCCAAUACAAACUAAAGGCCACUGAAAAUGGCCAGAGCGACCAUAAAGCCCAACUGGAGGAGCUCUCUUUAGCACUGGGCGACGUCUCGAACGGCGUGAGCAGCAUCGUACCGGCCAACAGUGUCGGAGGAGCCAUGUUAUCUCUGACCAAUAAGACGUCUUCGCUCACCCUUUGCUCCGGAGAGCAAACGGGAAGCGGAUCAGAGCUCCAAAAGAACGGCGUUGUUCAUUCUUAAGAACAGCCGUAAUCUCACACACACCUAUUUGAGAUUUGGUCAUUUUCAUUCAAGUGUGUUAAAACACUGUAACCGCUUUGAAGAGAAAUGCACCAAUAUGAGGAACACGCACACACUUGUGCGUGUACAUACACACACACACAUCUGCAUGCUGUUCCAUGCAUGCACAAAACACUUGUUUUAUUUUAGAAAAAGAAAUGAGCAGUAUCUGCCGUGAUUAUGAACUUUUUUUUUCCUUUUUUGUUCUGUGAAUGAGCUUUUGGUUUUGUUUUAAACAACUUCUCAUCACCUGGAAACCAGGGCAUCUGAUUAUCCUGUAACUUUUUUUUUUUUCUUUUCCUUUCUCUCUCUCUUCUCUGUCCUCGGCAUUUAUAUUUUUACCCAACGCAACAAAUCUGCGGCGAAGGAAAAGAGAAGCAAGCCGACCCUGUAGCAUCUUGCAACAAGCUAAUCUGAAAAACUCCCGAAAAAUCUGUGCAGCCUUGAAUAUGAUGUGACGGACCAGACACAAAAGUAGCACGGAAAGCCUUUUAUCAGUCCAUUUAGUAUGGAGCGUCACUGCAGCUUUCCCCACAAGGCGUAAUCGAUACAGUGGUGAACCGGUUAAACAAAACGAGCCGGAGCUGCAGCUUCAGCGAACACGAGGGUUCGAGAUGACUGAAUCGAUCGUACGACGUCAUUUUAGUUUAUGGUUUUGGCUAAAGAACUGUUCAGAAUUUCUAAGUCGGGUGUGUAGAGCAUUCUGUUUUAUAGAAUGUGUGCAAAAAAAAAAAAAAAGGGAAAAAAAACCCACACACAAGCACUUUCUUCCAUGUUUUUUCUAGGAGCAUGUAAUUUUUUUUUUUUUAAUUCGAGGAAGAACGUCUUUUUUUUAAAUCCUUGUGUUCACCAGAGUCGCAGCGCCGUGCUUUUCUUCUUUUUGACUCCCAGCGCCACUUUGCGUGCCGCAUGGAUCGCAGCCUCGUUCACAAAUUCCCGUCAAUUCUCCCUGACUUCUGUGAAGUUGCUUACGUGGGUUUCCUGGUUCCGUUCGCAUAUUCAGGCUUGCCGCUGCACAGGAACGAGGGAACGGUGCUGGAACAUUUGAGAAAAGCAAACCGUCGCAAGGCUUUUCAGAACAGAUUCGGCUCCUCACACCCUCGGCAGUUCGCCUCGAAUCGAUUUGCCGCAGCGACGUUCACUCGAGCUUAUCGCCUCGCUUCGAUAUACCGUAAUUGUGUGGUUUUGCACAUGAUAUUCAGCUGACUCGUCAAACCGAAAGAUAAGGAUGCCCCUGAAACCUGAUCAAGACAUGGACAAGCUCUGAAGUCUUCCUAUAGUGAUGACAUUCUUCACGUGCUACAUUUCGUUCUAGUCUCUUGAGACCGACUAUGAUAUUAAGCUCCAAUUUUGGGUGCAACCUCUUAAAGUGUAAGGUUAUUUUGUGCUCUAGUUGUGAUUUAAUAUUAUAUUAAUGAUUUAUAGUCUUUUUUUUUUUUUUUUUAAAUUACUAUUCUUGUGAUUUUGCUCGAGAAGAGCACGCAGCCUUUUCCAAACAAUCGUCAAGAUUGGACUCGAGCCGCGUAGCCGCGCAGAGACGGAGCUGGACCUUUUGUAAACGAGGUUUCCUUGUGCAAAACAAGCAUCUUCUGCUUUGACGUGAAAAAUCUCGCUAAUCGGCUUGCUUUUAGCCAGGAAGGCUAUCUUCUUUGAUGUCAUGGUCACACGGACAACUCCGUUUGUCUGCGAUUUAAGCGAGGUUUGUUUACAGAGUCGAAAACUUUGCCGCUCGUGGUUUACACCCAGACAGGUGCCAACGUCUCGAACGAAAAAAAAAUCUUAACAGACAGAAUUUGCAAGAAGUGAAAUUAACAGCUUGUUUUACACAUCCAACGUCCGUUCCGCUUUCUUCUGCAUUUUUUUUUUUUUUUUUUAAUAAACUGUUUGGUUUGAGCUAGCUAGAAAAGUGGUGUAAAUAAAUAAAGUGAAUACAUAUGUACACUUCGAAGCGGAGCAACAGAAAAGCAUUUUCCGUAUCAUUUGGAGAACACGAGCUCAAAUCCCAUCGGUUAUACGGUACACAGUCCAGUAGAGCAGAAUCGGCCGCAUCCUCGAGGUGGGAGGAGUGAUGGCGUUAUGGUCAAUCCUAGUGACCGUACUAGCCAGCCCGUUUAAGCUGAUGUAUGCGGAAGAUGGUCGAUAGCCCUGUCCUCUGAAUACUUCCUGUUUGGUGGGUGGGAAUUGAUCAAAUCAGGAGAAAAUUUUGGUAAUUAAGUUGGCAGCACUGAAUCCAGAAUAGCGAUAAAUACUGCGCUUAUCCAAAUUCAAUUCAUGGUCAAAGUCCAACCAAAAUGCCGUGGGAACCUUUGAACGAAGCAGUCUUGGGUUUGUAAUACGUCACCACGCUCGUAUUUAAAAAGCUACACAGGAUUUUCAAGCUAAAGUUGGUUAAGGAGAGCUGAACGAUUGGUAUGAAACGAAUCAUACGUCACGUCCUUUCACAUGACUCCUUGGUUUUGAUUCGUCGCCUGACCGAACAAACACGGCUCUUGGUGAACUCUCUUCCAUGGAAUAUCCGCCAGAACGAAGCGUUUUCUUGCCACGAUUUCUCUCUCUUGCGUGUUUCGUGCGCGCAGAUUAACAUGCGACAGUAUGGGGAAUUAACCCCGCGCCCAUGAACGGCACACAGCUCAGAUGCUCAUUUUAUUUGGAUUAUGUGGGAACGCGCUGUAAGUAUUUAAUCGGGUUUGAGGAUUUUUUUUUUUUUCCCUUUUGUACAUUUUUAAUAAUUAGUGAUCUCACGGAGUUCCUAUCUCUCGCUUUGGAAGUUUUUUUUUUCUUUCUACGUUUUACAGAGGAAAUCAAUGUCGACCCUCCGUGUCCAUCCACUAAAACUAAGUGGCAUAAGACUCAUUUAUAUAAGAAAAGUUUUGUGCAUGUUGUUUUUCUUUCCUGGAGCAGAGGAGUCACAGUGUAAAUGUGACGAUCUUUGCGAGCAGGCCUGUUCCUAAUGGAUGAUAUUCAUUUCUCUAUGCGGAUCGUGUCUGUUUUGAGCGGACCUGUAGCACUCGUUUAAACGAUAAAGGUGAAUUAACUCGUUUUUGAACCUUAACACUGUUAUGGCUGUGUCUAUAUAAAUUUUUUUCUUUUUAUUCCUAACUUUUUUUUUUUGGGGGGGGGGAACAAACAAAAACAACGUACUGGCUUUUUUUAUGAUUAUUUCCGAGUCGUCUUGUUUAAAAACAAAAAAAGAAAAAAAAAACUCUUAAGGUACAGGCUUGAUUUGAAACAAGGAAAGGUUUUUUAUAUAUAAACUUUAGAUUAUACUCCAUUAAGGAAUGUUUAGAACCAUCUUACUCCAAUGUGGAUGUAGCCAUUAUUACGCCAUUUUAUGACUUUGUAAAAGAAAUUCACUGUGUGAAAAUUGGUUUGCAUUUUUUGUAUAAUACAAUCUGCUCUUUGUUUUUGUUUGAGAGUGAAACUGGAAGUUUGGAGGAGGAGGAAAAAAAAAACCCUGUGGUGAUGGAUUUAAAAAAAAAUAAAAUAAAAUGUGUGUGACUGAUUAUAAAUGAGAGGAAGGAUUAAACAAUAUUGACAUUUAA